AUGCGAUGCAAGAUCCCUUUGGAUGGCCCGUGGCAUGAUGGUUGGACAUGGCAUCACAUAGUCGCAACAGCAAUCGCAUCUUUUUUGGCCCUGUGGUGCUGGCCGUCCUCGCAGUUCAUUUCUGGCCAGCGGGCCACUCACACUCGGGCCACCAUGGUUGCAAGACGCGCUGUCUCCCAAAAUCCGUUCGAUGUUCUUGGAUUGUCACGGGGCGCAACCUAUGAUGAGAUUCGGUCAGCUUUCCGCAGUCUUGCCAGGACCUACCAUCCUGAUGUGCCAGGUACUGGUGACGAGGAUCGUUUCCGUUCCAUCCGUGAGGCUCUAGAAGAACUGGGCACACCGCAAGGUCGAGCCCGGUGGUCUUCCGCUACCAGCCAUCGCACAAGCUCCAACGGCUUCAGCUACAGCAGCACUUAUGCCAGCAGCUACAGCAGCUACAGCAGCGGCUACAGCAGCGGCUACGGUGGUGGCUACGGUAAUGACCACGGCAGCGACUACGACAGCCGAAGGCAAAGUCAGAGCUGGGAACAAGAGGUCCGCAGCCGCAGGGCUCGAAAGGAAGAACAGAGAACGAGGCAGCAACAGAAGCGGGAAAGAGAUGCACAGAAGCAGGACGUGUUCUUUGAGCGGGAGCUGCAAAAGGCGGUUGCCGCGGCAAAGUAUCGACAGGCCCGGAGGCGAAAAGAAUGGCAGAUGGGUGUGAAGGAAACGCUGAAGACACUACGCCGACAGCAGGAAGAGGACCUGCGCUCUUGUUGGGACACGGUCGCAGCCAUGAAGCAGCGACGACAUGAUGAGGCAAAAGCAUGGAAAGAUCGGCUUGACGCUGAAAGAGCAGUCACAGCAACCCAGCGGGAGAAGGAUGGAAAGAUAUGGGUGGAGAAGUUUGCCACCGUCCAGGAAGAGUCCUCUUCUCGCCGCGAGGAGCUUGGACGACGACACACCAAGAGGCUACGGGACUUUCGGGAAGAGCUGCAGGAGAAAGCCGAAGAUCCGGAGGCCUUGACGGCUUCAAAGCUACAGGAGGAGAUUGACAACAUACUCUGCGAGCAAGAUGAGAGGAACACCCUUUGCUUUGCGACAAGCUACAAGAGCAUGAUGAAAAGUCUGCGCAGGUCAAUUGGGAGCGAGCCCAAGAUUUGGAAAGACAGCUUCAGGAGCACAUUGAUCCAACUAGGUAAAGGUGGACAAGCCGCAAACAAGAAGUGGGUUCGAAAGUUUCAGGACACCAUGCGAGAGAUGGGAGAGGCUGAGCAGGAUGAGGUGGCAGAUUGGGUCCAGGAUUUCAAGAAGCUUCAAAGACCAUCUGCACAGGAGCCAAGGUUCAAAAAGCUGGCCAAGGCUGCAAGGGAGCUGUCGACAUCGAGCAGGAAAACGUCAAAGGGUGUUCUGGACGUCAUCGAGAGAUGCCGCAAGGCGGAGGUCAAGCGCCUAAAGUGGCAGGCUUGGAAUCGCAAGCAGUGGAUCAGGAAGUUUCGGCAAGCGGAGGACAAAGCUUACCAAAUGGAGCAGGAAGAGCAGCUGAGACUCACAGAGGAGUUUUGGCAGGCGGUGAAGGAGUCCCAGAUUCCAGCGGCUGGAUCCUAA